AUCAGGGAAUUCUGGGAGAGAGCCAUGUGUGACAAAAGGGAGAGAUGAAAUCCAAUGUACGUCAAGUCUUCUGAAGAGUUCACGGGAUCAUUUUCCAGAUCGGACCCUUUCGAGGUCCAUGGGAUGAAGCUGACUUGGCAGUGAUAUGUGGUACAGGAUGGGGGCAAUUGUGUACCUGGCACUGACACUUUGUACCAUAUCCCUCGCAACAGGGAGGUGCAGGAAAGGGUCGGAGUUCUUCAACGAAGAUACCCAAGCCUGUGAACAAUGUUCAAAAUGUCCACAGAACAAGAUCAUUAAGGAGCCAUGCACAGAGACUCAAGAUGUACAGUGCAAGUCAUUCACAGAAUUCCGAAACUUCAACCAGAUAGAUACGGUCCAGUAUACCAAUGACAAAGAAGAGGAAGGUGCUUCUGACCCAGGUCAUGACAUUACCAUCAAGGAAAUACCUGCGAUAACGAAGGACGAGGGAGAAUACUGGAGAAACCUGGCUUUUGCCCUCAUUGGAGUGUUGUGUGCGUUGAUUGUCGUGGCAACCAUUAUAGUACUGUGUGCAUGUCGAAAGUUACACGAAACAGCGGCUUUAAAACGGCCGGAAGAGGAUGACUACGAUGACACAGACAGUGGGUAUGUGGUGAUACGGCAGAUCAGACAGCUGCCGUUGCCAAGCAACUCACGAUCUACAUCCGAACAGGCUGCAUCGUCGUUCCAGUCCUCUCGACAUCAGAAAAUGCCCUGGCUGUAUCGGCCAAAGAGACGAUUACUCAAUGAAUAUGUUGAUGAUGUGUUUGAAUCGGAAGACAGUGCAGGUUCACGGGCAAGCCGGAAACUGCCGUUAACUGUUAUUCCAGAACGUGAGAGCGAGGGAAACAGCUCGGGCAGCUACAGCGUCUAGCUCAAGACUGCGUUGUGGCGUCCGCAUCUACGAAACAAAUGUGGUGGUUCCCAUUACAUCAUCAAAAUUCAAUAUUUAUGUUACGGCGACAAAUUAAUUAUUUGUUUGUCCUUUGUUUUGAUCAAAUGUAGGAACUUGGUUAUUUGUUGUUGUCAUUGUUGUUUCCAUAAAUUGGAAUUAUUUUCAAAAUUGCUUCUCUCAAUUGGUGAAUGCAUUUUGUAGUUGUCCCAGCCGAUACUGAACAUGGAAGAUUUAUUAAUAGACACUUCGGGUUACAGAGUCAAGCUUGGUUUUACUGUCUGGGGGAAAAACAGCUUUUGUAAUACCAAUCCUCCACAGAGCCCUCAAUAUGGAGGUAUUAAGUCAUGCAUAGGGACAAUCAAUUCUGCUUCAUUUAAACCCAAUUACAAUACAAGGACAGUGUGUGUAAUGUUAGGGGCAUGUGGAGGGUUGCUUCCCUUCCGUAUGCCAGGAUCUGUUGUGACUAGAUCCAUGGUCUGUAAGCAGCAAACUUUUAAACAUCUGGUCUGUGACAUUUUGGCUUUCCUCCUCAACUAUUGCUGAAAUACUGUUGGAAUCAGGUUCGAACCUAGUCCAUCUUCUGAUCAAGUGGAUGUUUGAUCUUGCACUUGUGUAUCAGUUGGAUUGUCCAUUAUUUUUAGAAAGUUGAAAAAGCUGGAAAAAAUGUUGAUUAGCCAAAAUUGUUUGGUUGUGUAAUUGGAACCAAAGCAUUUAUCUGGACUGGUAUGUUACUGAUAUUACGUCAUGCAUGGUUUCUAUAGCAUGUGGUAUAUUUGAAACUUAAAAUUGUGUAUUUGUGGAAAAUGUAUAUCAACAUAUACCAAGAAAGUUGAGUUUUUGUAUUGUUUAUCCGAAGGAUAACAAUAUGAACUUAUAUUUUGUUGUCACUAGUACUGUGGGAGGACCCAUUCUGAUGCUGGGUUAUUUCAAAACCAAAGUUGUAAUUAUGAUACGGUUUUCAGGGUGUUUGUACCCAAGCUUCCACAUAUCCUACUGACUACAGCAUUAAACUGUCUUCCAUUAUCAUGAUAAAAGAGCAUGUGUCUAUUUUCAGUAAGUAAUAGUGUUGGAAAAAAAUGUGAAAUUGAGAUUCUAUAGUGCAUGCAUUUCUGCUGAAGAUAGAUGCUGUGGUAUGUGUUAAUAUCUUAACAUCACGUGAAACAUUACGUGAAAUUUAAUAAAUUAGAAUGUUUGCUCGGCUGCAGUUCCAGCUACAUAAAGGGGUAUAUGGCUACAAAAUUAUAAUAGUCUUGAUUCUCAGGCACUGCCCGCAUCAUCAUAAAGUUCGCCGCACAUUUCGUUUGUAUUUCCAUUUUAAAAAACCCCAACCAAAACAAUCCUUAAAUAUUGUCUAACUUUAGUCAUAUAUUCCAGUAUUUUACUCAUUAAGGAAUACUCGAGGGAGGCCCUUUCCCAAAGUUGAUGGUACACAACUGUUUAAUUGGUUACAUACUAGUUUGAACCCCCACCACCACCCAAAAAAAAAAGAUACCGCCCGCCCGCACUAUAUUUUCAAAAAACAAUUGCCUGAGAACCAAUUCUUUUAUUUUUUUAAGCCUAUCAGACAUGCUUUUGUGUUCACUGAAUAGUCCUGCUAAAUGUGCGUGUGCUGCCAAAUUAUGAAAGUACUAUUGUAUGGACAACUAUUCAUAACUUAUUGUAAUUAUUAUUACUUGCAUUUAAAUCUUGAAUCUCAAAUCUCAAAGUGCAUUUUGAGAAUGUCUGUUGUUGUUUUAGCUCUUGCCGUAGAAAGAAAUCAGUGUUCCAUGUGUCAUGUUAAACUUUGUCGUGAUUAUUUCGUACUUUGAAGGUGUUGGGUAACCGGCAUCUAAUACAACAUGAAUGAGGUCAUGGGUUACCCGUUGUUACUGGUUACGGUGUGGAACCAACAUGUUAUUUGUUCAGAGUUGUGUUGUACUUGUCAUCAAUUUAACAUUACAAGAUAAUCACUGCCAGGAGUUGAGAACUAGAGGGGUACCAUCUUCAGCUUUGUGUCUCGCGUCUCACACUCGACUAAAAAGUAAAAUAAAAAAAAACAAAGGUUUUUCUCAUAGACUUAAAAUGAAAUCUAUCUGAAUAAAAACUGUCAAAUCUUUCAUUAAGUCUUCCAAGGAAUUUUUUAUUUUUUUGUGGCAAAUUCAGUGACAAGUGUUAAAAAACAGCUCUUGUUAUCUUAAGAAAAAUGGUUACUGUCAUGACGAUCCGUUUAAUGUAUGGUGAUGUGAAACAUGAGAAAUUGACUAUGUUGCCCCUUUGGUGCUCACUAAUAAUCAAAGAGCAUUUAAUCAACAUUGGAGCCAGAUCCAGUCAACAUGACAGUGUCAGAUAAAACCCUUAACGUUUCUCUUGGGCUGUAUUUAAGAAAAAUGUUUCUCCGGCAAAUUUUUCUCAAAAGUGAGGAUGGAGGUAUGACUUUAUUUUUUUAAGUUAAUAUUUUAACAAAAGAGAUACAGAACACUUUUUUGUUUUACCACCAAGAAUACAGCAAUACAAACUGGCCACAGAUUUAACACGGCUCUUUAAUACAAUGUAUGGUUAACAGAGUAUGUUUCACAUGACAGGACAUUUUAUUUAUUUUUGCCAAUAUAAAUGACGUAAAGUGACAUGAGGAUGCCUGAGACACAUUUUUUUUAACCAGCGUUAAUACAUUGCUCAUUCCUCUGUUUGUAUUGUCUUUUUUGAUUAAUCUCAUAAAUCUGUCAAUCAUCAAGUGUGAAUUUGUCUUCAGCUAGAGUUUGAUGUUUUCUGUGGUUGACAGGUGGGAGGAAAGAUUUCAUAUAUAACAGCUCUUGUUUGUUUGAUAAGGGUGUCUAUGGGUUAAUUUGAACCUGCCUAUGCUAUUCAAUGCAAUGUUUUCAAAUAUUUUUGAUGUACAACUUGGCAAAGAGAGCUAGGCUUGGAGAAAAUGGCUGGUUGGAUAAGGGCCAUGUUGAUUUUAAAACGAUCUUGGCGUUACAUAUUUCGUAAAUCUGUUAGUGUCGAGCAAUCCCAAAUCUUUUCUCUUUUAGUCUCUUUAUAUGGUCUCUAGGUGAACCAACAAACAAUUGCACAAACAUAACGAACAAUCAGAAUGAAGGAUCAUGAGUAUUUUGGGGGAUAUUUUUUGUGUGUACUCAGUCUUCACUAUGAAAAAAUAGCCCCCCAAAAUUCAUUAUCCCAAUUUAAAAAAUAAAUAAAUCAGAAAACAAUGACUUCUUUUGAUAGAUGGCCUUCAUUACAACAACUAGAUUUGUAAGAAGUGCCACGGUGGGGGCCUUCCUUAACAAAUGUCACCGUUGUAAUAUUGGCUCCUUUAGACUUACACUACUCAACUUCUGAUUGGGAGUCUGAGCUAUUUCAUACUGUGACCAACCAAGCACACUAAGUUGUAAAACCUAGAAUAUCCCUAUCGAGGGGUGAGUUGUAUGUGGGGGGAUGCUCUGUGACACGUCCUCUCCCCUGUCCUUGCUGUCCGUUGUUUUGUUGUAACACCUAGAAUAUCCCUAUCGAGAGGUGAGUUGUAUGUGGGGGGAUGCUCUGUGACACGUCCUCUCCCCUGUCCUUGCUGUCCGUUGUUUUGUUGUAACACCUAGAAUAUCCCUAUUGAGAGGUGAGUUGUAUGUGGGGGGAUGCUCUGUGACACGUCCUCUCCCCUGUCCUUGCUGUCCGUUGUUUUGUUGCUUGUCCGGAGACUGUUGUUGGUGGCUCUGCCAGGAAGUGGGCCAGCGAGGAACAUUGUGUACAUAAUGCGCAUGGUGAAAUGGCUGCUUCUUCAUACUAUUUAACGUGAGCCAAACCACCGUCGUAGCAGAUAAUAAAUAGAAAUCAGUUAUCAAA